AUAAGAAUCUCAAACUCUUUCAUAUCUUAGAUAGUGACGUAGUAAUUCUUUUUGUACGUAAUUCACAAGUUGUUAAUGAAAUGCAUUACAUAGAAUGUCAUUUUUAUGUUACCAACAACGCAUAGUUAUCCCAUUGUUGCCAAAGCGAAGAUGAAACAUCGAAACUGAAAACCCGCCGAACUCGGUGCUUCUAGCAUCGUUGUGCGGACAUUUUUGCAUAAGGAGGUGGUUUUUUGUGAAGUUCUGGGGAGUCUCAUGUUUUACGAAUCACAACGCAAAUUAAAUCAAAUGAUUGCCUAAAGCGUCUUCUUUCUACGGGUGUUAAAAAUACAAUAAUCGUGUGUGAACCCGAUUGUCUACGCGGCGAGGAAAACUGACCCGCUUAGCUUGCAGUGAGACUGUCUCGAAUCGCCAUUUUGAAGUGUGGUAUUCAUCGUUGUUGAGGCGCAUAUUUUAACGAGGAAAAUUUUCACAACACCAAUUGUUUAUCAGUAAGCAGUAAGGCAUUACUUCAGAGACUUACCAUUUAAAGCAAAUAUAGCCUACAGCGCUUGGUCUGGACUGUAGGAAUUUGGGCAGUGCAUGAUGGCUCAGCAAACCAAACCGGUUAAUUUUUUGUUGCAGGAUCCAAAGCCAGGUCAAACGCAAAUUUUUCAUGUAUUAAACACGACCACAGGUGCGCGUACACCAUUACCCGCAGGAGUGACCACGAUGAAAACCAUUGUCACAAAGGAUAUUAACAUAGCCGGCAUGGCAAAUCAUGGACCGGAUGCAGUAGGCAUAACUUCCGAAAAUGUCGGAAUUGUAGGAGCAGUGGGAACUGCCAAUACCGCGACCGUUGUUGGUGGCCAGAGUUUUACAAUGCCUGUGGUGCGUAAACUUUCUCCUGGACAAAAAAUAAUCCCCAUCGCCAAGCACAAACUAUUUCUUCCUACAUCGGCAUCUAACAAAAACGUUAAUGGAAAAGUUGUUAUAUCUCCAAAAUUGUAUAAGGUUAUCUCGACGACUUCAUCGCAUUCCGUCAGCAGAAAUUUAACCUUUUCCCCUCCUGCUAACAAUUCAACUAUAACAGCAGUUUCAGCAAAUAAUGUAACCUUUGCUAAAACAUUAGGUAUCGCUACAACUAAUGCAAUUCCAUCUACUUCGGUUAUGACAAAACCGCCGUCAUUGACAUUACCCAUCAGCGCAACUAGUAACAGUGGCCGGUAUAACACCAGCAGCAAAACGCCCUCAGUUAUGAACAAUUCGUCAAAUACGAUCAACGAAAUAGUUUCGAUGGGCAAUAAAGGCAUCAAUAACGGAACUAUUACUAAAAGUUACAAUGAAAGCGGCAAUGAUUGCUCAACCUUCCCUCAGGUUUCUUGUACGUCUACUCUGCCGGUGGUUGUGAAAACCUUACAAUCGAAUCACAACAAUAAAGAGCAUUCUCAACAGCAAUUGCAUUCAUACAGUAAAAAAACACCCUCGAGCCAGAUACAUACGCCUGCGUCUCGUCGCCAGAAAACAGAUAAAGCUGGUCGGGGUCUUCGGCACUUUUCAAUGAAGGUAUGUGAAAAAGUGAAAGCUAAAGGCACUACGACUUACAAUGAGGUGGCCAAUGAGUUGGUUGCCGAGGAAACCCAAAAUCAUCAUCCGGGAGUGGAUCCAGCAAGUUACGAUCAAAAAAAUAUUAGACGGCGCGUAUACGACGCUCUAAACGUGUUAAUGGCCAUGAAAAUAAUUUCUAAGGAAAAGAAAGAAAUACGUUGGCACGGCUUACCGACUAGUAACACACUGCAUGAGUGUGAAGAGUUAGAAAAAGAAAAUGAAAAGGCCCGUCGCAGGAUUGAGCUAAAACAGCAACAACUCCUCGAUCUGGUACAGCAACAUGUUGCACUAAAGUCUCUAAUUGCACGGAACAAAUCAAACGAAGAACGUGGUUUGGUGCCCAAUCCCAGUUCUGCCGUGCAGCUGCCAUUUAUUAUUGUAAAUACCGACCGAAAAAACAACAUUAAUUGCAACAUUUCGAACGACAAAUCGGAAUAUUCUUUCAAAUUCGAAGAUUCUUUCGAGAUUCACGAUGAUGUACAAAUUCUAAAACGAAUUGGAUUAUCAUUAGGUUUGGAAAAGGGUCAGUACUCUGAAGCAGACCUCAAAAAGAUAAAAUCUAUGGUUCCGAAAUCUGUCGAGAAGUACAUUGACGCAUAUGGUCUCGGGUUCGAGCACGACGAUAUGGAUGACUGGGAAAUGAGUUCAUUAUACAACGGUCCUGAUAAUGACGACAGCUUAUCUACUCAGGAUAUGCUCGGUUUUAACGAUACCACGAACGACAUGCUCGAUGAUGACAUGAAAUUCGAAGAUGACGAGGAUGACUAAAUUGUUUCAUUGGGAAAAUGAUAAUUUUCAAAUUUUCAUUACAGUUAGUAUCACAGCAAUGAGACAUGUAUAACCUAGAAAGGGGCCAUCUUGGCUACUUUUAUUUUACAUAACGUUUAAAAAGGUAUCAACAUUCUCCAAAAUCGGAAAAUUUAUAUUUUUAUUUUCUAUUGUUAGAGAGAAGUAUAAUAUAGGGCAUGAUUGUAUGGUUUCUCAACCAGGAUCAUAUGGUAUCGUAAGUUUAAGUUUACUUAUUUUAUAAUUUUACUUAUUGUAUACAAAUUUGAAUUGUAUUCGAAAAGUUAAAUCGCAUACAUAUACAACAUUGUAUUCAAAGUAAUACCAUCAGUUGAUACACAAAACACACUGAUUUACAA